CGGAAGGAGGAGGAGCCUGCGGGGAGUCUGGCGCUAUGGCGGCGGUGGAUAUCCGAGACAACCUGCUGGGAAUUUCAUGGGUUGACAGUUCCUGGAUCCCUAUAUUGAACAGUGGUAGUGUCCUGGAUUAUUUCUCUGAACGAAGUAAUCCUUUUUAUGAUCGGACAUGUAAUAAUGAAGUGGUCAAAAUGCAGAGGCUCACAUUGGAACACUUAAAUCAAAUGGUUGGAGUAGAGUACAUCCUUUUGCAUGCCCAAGAGCCUAUUCUUUUUAUCAUUCGGAAACAACAGAGGCAGUCUUCUACACAAGUCAUCCCGUUAGCUGAUUAUUAUAUCAUUGCUGGUGUAAUUUAUCAGGCACCUGACUUGGGAUCUGUCAUCAACUCCAGAGUGCUCACAGCGGUGCAUGGGAUUCAGUCAGCUUUUGAUGAAGCUAUGUCCUAUUGUCGUUACCACCCCUCCAAAGGGUACUGGUGGCACUUCAAAGAUCAGGAAGAACAAGAUAAAGCCAAACCUAAAGCCAAGAGAAAAGAAGAACCAAGUUCUAUUUUUCAGAGGCAGCGUGUGGAUGCGUUACUCCUAGAUCUACGACAGAAAUUUCCACCCAAAUUUGUUCAGCAAAAACCUGGAGAAAAGCCUGUUCCAGUGGAUCAGACCAAGAAGGAGCCAGAACCUACACCCGAAGCGAUAAAAACAGAGGAAAAAGAGACUCCCAAAAAUGUCCAGCAGACAACUAGCACUAAAUGUCCCCCUGAGAAACGAAUGAGACUACAGUGAAUGUUGGGCUGUUGUUUCCCCAGCACCAAAGAGAAACAUACACAAUUCCCCUUCUCUGGAUGAUAUCAGACUUCUGCAGCAAAGACUUUCUACCAUCACAGGAUUUAAAAUCCCUUGUUAAAGCUUUCUCUUCUUUAUAAGAAGCUCUGGUUCCCUAGAAAAGAAUUUAUUUCAUCUCCCUUCUUUGUAUGUUAGAUUUUUUUUCAUUAAUUUUUUACAUGCUCCCCCAUAUCAGUAAUAUGUGUAUAUAUGUGUUUAUCAAAUAAAAUAACUUUAUAGAA